GGGAGGGAGGGAGCGAGUGAGCUGGGAGAUGUUGACGAAAAUGUGUUGACACAGGCACCAGGAUAGCUGCUCUCAGGGUGUUAGUUUCAGUAUUGAGCAACUGAAUCUGUGGAUGCAGAAGCAAAGCACGAGACAAUCCCAAUGGUGAUCCUGAUAGUUUCAGUAUUGAGCAACUGAAUCUGUGGAUGCAGAAGCAAAGCACGAGACAAUCCCAAUGGUGAUCCUGAAACUGGGUAACUCCCCGACGGAGAAGGAUGAAGGAAUAAUGAGGCUCGCCAAUUACGAGGUUGGCAGAACUCUGGGCACUGGCAGCUUCGCCAAGGUCAAAUUGGCCAAACAUGUCAAUUCUGAUCAGCUCUUUGCCCUCAAGAUCAUCGACAAGACCAAGAUCUUCCAUCUCAAUAUCGCUCAUCAGAUAACACGGGAGAUAGCCACCCUCAAGCUUCUCAAGCAUCCCAACGUCGUCAGAUUACACGAGGUUUUGGCUAGCAAAACGAAAAUUUACUUGGUCUUAGAGUACGUCACUGGAGGAGAAUUGUUUGACAGAAUUGCAUCCAAAGGUAGACUGAAAGAAGCUGAAGGUAGGAAGCUUUUCCAACAGUUAAUUGAUGGUGUGAGCUACUGUCACAAUAAAGGAGUCUUCCACAGGGAUCUUAAGCUGGAGAAUGUACUGGUGGAUGCCCAAGGCAACAUAAAGAUAACCGAUUUUGGCCUUAGUGCUUCGCCCCAGCACAUUCGGGCCGACGGGUUGCUGCAUACAACCUGUGGAAGCCCCUGCUAUGUUGCUCCAGAGGUCCUUGCUAAUAGAGGCUAUGAAGGUGCAACAUCAGAUACGUGGUCAUGUGGUGUUAUCUUGUUUGUAAUCCUAACGGGGUAUCUUCCUUUUGAAGAUCGAAAUAUUGCCGUUCUCUACCAAAAGAUAUCUAAAGGAGAUGUCCGGAUGCCAAAAUGGCUAUCAUCUGGUGCCCAGAACUUGCUAAGGAGGAUUCUUGACCCCAAUCCUCUUACCCGGAUAACACUGGCUGGUAUCAAAGAUGAUGAAUGGUUCCAGCAGGACAAUGUUCCGGCAAAUCCUGAGGACGAAGAGGAAGAGAAAGAGAAUGUGAGUAUCGACGAGGAAGCCUUUUCAAUCCAUGACGCGGCACAUACUAGUCCUGAGUCAUCAACCCUUAUCAAUGCAUUUCAGUUGAUAGCAAUGUCUUCAUGCUUAGACCUCUCAGGUUUCUUCGAGAAAGAGGAUGUUUCUGAGAGGAAGAUGAGAUUUACAUCCAACCAUUCAGCAAAAGAUCUGAUCGCAAAGAUUGAAGACAUUGGAAAAGAAAUGGGUUUUAGAGUCCAGAAGAAAAAUGGAAAAUUGAAAGUGAUACAAGAGAAUAAGGCGCACAGAAGUCUAGGUGGCCUCUCGGUGGCAGCAGAGGUCGUUGAAAUAAGUGCAUCCUUGCAUGUGGUAGAGUUAAUGAAAUCGUUUGGAGACUCUUCUGUAUAUAGGCAGUUAUGCAAGAAACUAUCAGAUGAUUUGGCAGUAGCCCCGAGCCAAGCGCGUGUAAAUUCGGAAGUGGGAGAAGCCGGGGAAAAGAGUUAAGAAGUCAUAUGAUGUGUGUGUUUUCUUUUCUAGGUCAGUUAUCUAUGUGCACAGUUGUAUAACUAAGAUGUGAAUUAAGGGGCUCGUGGCUGGCCCAAAAGGAUCAAAACAAAAAAAAAAAACAAAGGCUAGCUAGAUGUGAAAAUCGAAGUUGGAUACCAAGAGUACCAAUUCUUGAAAAUAGCGACUGUGCGCUCUUUGUUGAACUCGAUGCAACAAUUUUUGCACACAAAUUGUGGAUGUUUUAAUUAAAAGAACAGUACAGCGUCAUCGAAGCUGAGUUUCGUCCAUGUAUCAUGACAAGCAAUUAAUGUAUUGAAAUACAGGCAACAUAUAUUACAAAGUGAGAAAAAAAAAAAAAAAUCUACAAUACAACAUGCUGCGAGCUAAUUUCUCUCCGUGAUAACAGUUAU